AUGGAAAGUGGACCAACGGCCGCCGUGCAAAAGGCACGAGGGAAAAGGAAGAGGGAGAACGUUGAAACGGAUAUCGCCGACGGGAAGCCGAGCAAUGAUGCAUCGGCGAGCACCCAGCCCAACUCUGGAGAGGCCGUCUCCGCGGUUAGCCAGAAAGGCAAAAAAGCUCGCAAAAGAGGGCCCAAGAAAGCUGACUCAAGCCUGAGCCGUACAGAAAGCGCCGCGUCUGCUUCGGAAUGCAAGAUUGAAUGGCCUGAGUGUUUCAAGGCGCUGGAAAAGACGCAUCGCGCCCUCAACUUGGUCUUCACCUUUUGCUGCACCCGGAAACACCUAGCUACCACCUUUGAAACGAUCAAGUCCGCAGUGGAGUCGCACACUAAGAAAGUCUUGACGAUCGAGGAUGUCGCCGCCAUCGCCGCAAUCCGUCCCGAGGGCGUCAACUUCGCCUAUGUGGACGAGAUCAUGUUGCAAACCGAGGUCAGGGGCGCGGAACGUGAUGUGACGUUCAAGACUGGAAGAGAUUUUCGCUCUCAAGCCCCAGCUCCAGAUGCCUCCGUCGGAGGUCUUUCUGGCCUCGAUAAGCUGGACCACCAUCCUGACGACCCACUGAAAGCUGGGAAAGAGGUGUUGUACUUCGAAUUUGUGGACGGUGACUUGAAACGUCAAGUCAAGGAUAACAAGACGGGCGAGAUAACCAAACCGAACAGGAAGCUGAGGGAUGAAACCCUCAAGAUGCCGGUCUACAGUCAAAAGCAGAUGACAAAUCUCAUCGAGAGGAGGAACCAAAGGUUCAAUGACGCGAUCAGCUUCUUUCUCAAUCAAUGCGUUUCCGAUGGUCUUGAUCCCGAGCAGACUCUCGUCACAGCGCGCGAAGCCUACAUCCCUGUGCCGACAGCUCCAGAAGAGCCCGCUGAGAAGAGUCUGGGGGCUCUUCCCGAAUCGAUUCCAGCGGAGCGCAAGAGUAUCCCGGAAAUCGUCCAGGAGCUGAAGGAGGUCCCUUGGUAUACCGGACAGAUUGUGCCAGAUGGCCAUCGCGUAUUCGAGCCGCAAGAGGCUGUGUACGGAGAUCUGAACUUUCUCCUCAGCCAGGACUUGGUGAAUGCGCUGUACAAUUCCAAAGGAAUCACGCAAUUUUUUGCGCAUCAGGCGGAGGCCAUCAACGGACUUCUUGAAGGCCAACAUGUCGUUGUCGCCACCUCUACGAGCUCGGGAAAGUCGCUAAUCUACCAGCUUCCAGUGAUACAUGCCCUGGAAAAGGACUACAGCACGCGAGCAAUGUACAUAUUCCCGACGAAGGCUUUGGCACAGGACCAAAAGAGAAGCCUGCGAGAGAUGCUGAGCUACAUGCCGGGCAUGGAGGACGUUCUCGUGGAGACAUUCGAUGGAGAUACCCCGAUGAAAGAACGGAAUGCCAUUCGAGAGGAGGCGAGAAUCAUCUUUACCAACCCAGACAUGCUUCACAUCACGAUUCUGCCGCAGGAAGAACGGUGGCGAACAUUCUUGAAGAACCUAAAGUAUGUUGUGGUGGAUGAGCUGCACUAUUACAACGGACAGAUGGGAUCACAUGUGGCUUUCAUCAUGAGGAGGUUGAGACGUAUUUGCGCUGCGGUAGGCAACCGUCACAUCAAGUUCAUAUCGUGCUCAGCUACUGUUGCAAAUCCCAAGCAACACUUCAAAACCAUUUUCGGUAUUGAAAAUGUCCGACUGGUCGACUUUGACGGAUCCCCAUCAGGUCGGAAGGAGUUUCUGUGCUGGAAUACGCCAUAUCGAGAUCCCGGCGAUCCAGCUAGUGGCCGAGGCGACGCCAUGUCGGAAUGCGCUCGCGUCUUCUGCCAGCUGAUGCUCAGAGGCGUUCGUAUCAUCGCCUUUACAAGGGUCAGAGAGCAGUGCGAGAAGCUAGUGACCGCCGUGCAGGCAGAGUUAGAGUCUCUCGGACGGCCUGAAUGUGUCAAUCGGGUCAUGGGUUACAGAGGAGGCUAUACUGCCCAAGACCGGCGCAGAAUUGAGUCGGAGAUGUUCGAGGGCAAACUCCUCGGCAUCGUCGCCACCACCGCUCUAGAGCUCGGAAUCGACAUCGGAACACUGGACUGUGUGCUGACGUGGGGAUUCCCUUAUACUAUCGCCAACCUGCGGCAGCAAAGUGGACGAGCUGGGCGAAGGAACAAGGACUCUUUAUCUAUCUUGGUAGGGGAUUGUUUCCCAACCGACCAGCACUACAUGCAGAACCCCGACGAACUCUUUACAAAACCGAACUGCGAGCUACAGGUCGACCUCGAGAACAUGCUAGUACGAGAGGGUCAUAUCCAAUGUGCCGCCUACGAGAUGCCCGUCAGGCCUGUUGAGGACGCUGAGUAUUUUGGCCAGGAUCUCCCCCAGAUCUGCGGUGAGCGAUUGCUGAGAGACGCAAUGGGCUUCUACCACUGCCACGACCGGUUUCGACCAGUCCCCUCAAGAUUUGUCGCCAUCCGAGACACCGAGGACGAUCACUUCGCCAUUAUUGAUAUCACACAUGGCAAGAAUGAGGUCUUGGAGGAACUCGAGGCUUCUAGAGCGACAUUCACAAUCUACGAUGGGGCAAUCUUUCUACAUCAGGGAAACAAGUACCUCGUCCGAGAUUUCCAACCAGACAAAAUGAUGGCACGGGUCGAAAGAGUCAAGGUCGACUGGACUACGACGCAGCGAGACUUCACCGACAUCGAUCCCAUCGAGACAGAAGCUAUUCGCCGGAUAUCCGGAUCCCUGUCGAGAGCCUUCUACGGCACCAUCAAAAUUCAGCAGAACGUAUAUGGCUUCUUCAAGGUCGACAAAAAGAAGCGCGUUCUUGACGCCGUGCACGUUGACAAUCCCCCGGUCAUCAGAUACGGCAAAGGCAUGUGGUUGGACAUACCCAAGAAAGCCUUACAGAUCCUUGUCGAUAGGAGGUUACACGUUGCCGCGUCGAUCCACGCCGCAGAACAUGCUAUUCUGAGUCUCAUGCCUAACUUUGUCAUCAGCUUGCCGGGAGACGUCCGGACCGAGUGCAAGGUGGCACUGAAGGAAUUUGCCAAAAAGGAGUCGCAGAGGAAGCGGCCAGGACGACUGACGUUCUACGAUGCGAAAGGGGGCGCGAGCGGAUCGGGAAUCAGUACCAAGGCGUUUGAGCAUAUCGAUCACCUGCUCCAGCAAGCUCUCAGGCGGGUCGAGGAUUGCUAUUGCGAGAACGGCUGUAUCGAAUGCGUGGCGUCGGAGCAGUGUAAGGAGAACGACGUUAUGAGCAAGGCCGGUAGCAAGGUGAUUCUGAAAGCCAUUAUGAACUUGGAGAUCGAUGUCGAGGCCCUGCCAAUGGGACCCGAGGAACACAUGCCGGCGGGGUUCGAGACGGUAGUGGUAGCUCAACCUGUGCCGCCGAAGGAUCGUAAUAGCCUCAGGCUCGUUGAAAUCAAGGAGGAGGAGUUCGAGGAGCACGAUGCGGCUUGUCUAGAAGAAGCGGAGAGGUGGACUGGAGAGACCGAUGCAGGGCGUGAUGUGUAG